AUGGAAUUCAGAACAAGAAAUGGUGGGGAGGAUUUCUCCUACUCUUCUAUCCACUCUUUUUUCUUUCUAGAUUCCUCCUACUCUUCUAUUCACUCUUUUUUCUUUCUAGAUUUCUCCUACUCCUCUAUAUACUCCUUUUUUCUUUCUACAGGGUUUCUCCUCUCAUAUUCCUUCUACUUUUUCUCUAUUUCUCAAUUUAUUUUCCCUCUUUCUUUUUUGAUUUCUCUCCUCCACCUACUCCCAAUGUUUCUAGUUCUUACUUUCUUCCCCCCCGCCAAUUUUACUUUUCUUUUGUCCUUCCUCUUAGUCAUCCUUUAUAUUAUUUUUUUUUUAAUCUUUUUUCUCUUACUGUUCUUAAUAUUGUCAGCACCUCAACAUUUAAUCCUAUUUCUCCUUCUUUUUCUCUACAAUUCAUUACGUCCUCUUUGUCCCUACUCUCUGAUUUCUAAGACAGUUCCACUUAAUCUAUCUAUCUAUCUAUCUACCUUUCUUUCUUUCUUUUCAUUAUCUGCCUCUUCCUACUUCAAAAUUCUAAUCUUUUUUUCUGACUCUCUUCUGUUCCCUUCUCAGGCUAUUCUUUUCUUCUUUCUCUCUUUCACUAUCUCUCUUUUUUUCUUUCAUUACUUCUUUGUCUUUUUCUUUCUUUCCAGUUUUUUCACAUUUCUUUCCACUUUUACUUUAUCUCAUUCUUACACUCUUUCUCCUUUCUUUCAUCUCCUCUUUGUUGGUAUCUCUCUCUUUAAUUCAUCUAUUUUUUCCCUCUCUCUAUUCUCCCAUAUUCUAUCAUUUUUUAAUCUCUCCGUCACUCUCCUUCACACUCUCUCAUUUUUCAUCAUCUCUGUUUUUAUCUCUCUCUUUCUUUCUUUCUAUCUAUCCAUAAGUCUGUCUUUCUUUCUUUCUUUCUUUCUUUCUGUCAAACUAGCCAGAUCUAUCCAUAAGUUUGUCUUUCUUUCUUUCUUUCUCCAGAUCUAUCCAUGUCUGUCUUUCUUUCUUUCUUUCUUUCUUUCUGUCAAACUAGCCAGAUCUAUCCAUAAGUUUGUCUGUCUUUCUUUCUUUCUUUCUUUCUUUCUUUCUUUCUUUCUUCUUUCUUUCUUUCUUUCUUUCUUUCUUUCUUUCUUUCUUUCUGUCAAACUAGCCAGAUCUAUCCAUAAGUCUGUCUUUCUUUCUUUCUUUCUGUCAAACUAG